AUGCAAUCACCACCAUACAUAACCAGACCUGCCCAAGCAACAGAUCUCUCAGCACUUCCAGCUGUCGAAGACUCAGCUGGGACUUUGUUUCGCACGAUUGAAGGGCUGGAGACUCUCGCCGACGACGAACCACUCUCGGUCCCGAGACUCCAAGAAAUCUUGGACGUCGGGAAGAUAUGGGUUGCUGUCCGGGUUGAGGAAGAAGGAACAGGCACGUACGAGAAAGAGAGCACAGAAACCAUCGUAGGAUUUCUUGCUGCGUUCCCACUCCUGCACCAUCUGUCUCCUCCUUCCCUUCCACCUCAAUUGCCGUCCACAACGACCUCACAGAUACAAAGCCAAUCGCGAUUUCUUCAUGUAGCCGAACUCUCCAUCCAUGCAGCACACCACCGACGCGGCCUGGGACGACGGCUCAUGGGCGACUUGAUACGCUAUGCAGAGCAGGUCAACAACGUGACAGGACCACCGUCAUCAAUCCCACAAGCGAGGGUCGACGCGCUGACGCUGACGACAUAUCGAGAUGUGCCGUUCAAUGGACUGUUUUAUGCGAAGAUGGGGUUUCGCAUCUCGGCCGCAGAUAAGAUACUGUCUGUUUUUGGCGAUGGGGCGAAACAUAUUUGGGAUGAGGAACAGAUGUCUAUACCUAGACGGGAGGAGAGGGUGUGGAUGGCUCGUUGGAUGGGUGGAAGAAAAGGACUGAGCGGGGAACGAUUGGGGGAGAAAUGA